CUGCAAAUCAAUGGGCCAACAUUUUCAAGUCCAAGGCAUGUUCCAGGAGCGGAUUAGUUGUUAACAUAUUAGUGGGUGUUACCCUGACCAUAUGGGGCCCACCUUGGUGAAUGUGUUAUAUAUCCGCUGUCUGUUUUUCCCUCUUUUGAGGACUUAUCCCAAAAUAUAAGUAAAUCCAAAUUUCAGGUGGACCAUACCACCGGAAAUGUGGCGAUUGACUAUUAAAAACUUAAUAUGGGUCGUAAAAGUUCUGGAUCAAGCUGAUCUUUGUAUUUUCCCUUCAUCCAGGUCUGUUUGACCUUAUCAACAGGUUGGAUGGCAAAUAAACAUUGACCUUACGUAAUUUUUAAUGGUGGGCAUUCAAUCAUCACUGUUUCCUGUGGUGUGGUCCACUUGAGAUUUGGAUCUACUUAAGUUUUGGGACCACAAACUAAAAAUGAUCUUGAGAAACAGAUGGACGGAGUGGAUAUAUAGCACAUUCAUCAAGGUCGGCCUCAUGGUCAGGGUCACACCCACUAACGUUUUAUGCGGGUAACCCCUAAUUCGCUCCCGUGUUCAGGUACACGAGCCCAACCAGUGCUCUCGACCUCAUCGCAUGAGAGGCAUCUCUUGAACUCCUCAUCCUCGAGCAAAUCAUUCAGGCAUUUCGUCAAACACUUACAUAGAGAACAAUACAGAGAGAGGUGUACCAUGAACCAGACGAAGCGAUACGUGCUGCGGCUUUUCAUGUCCCUGAAGUACAUAACAGCGAACGUGGUGGACCGCAAUAACGGACGCGUGGUUGUAUCUGCAUCGUCGGUGGAGCACGCCCUCAAGGACGCCCUGGAGUGCGGCCGCUCUUGCAAUGCCAAGGCUGCAGCUGCCGUUGGAGAGGUCCUUGCCAUGCGCCUCAAGGUAGAGGGCAUCGGCCAAAGAAGCGAUGGAGGGAGAGCAAUCCACGCUAACGUGCAGAAGGAGAUCGAAAAGAAGGGGUUCAAGAACCGCACCAAGGUGUGGGCCAUCAUCAACGCCCUCAAAUCCAAUGGCGUCAAUCUCAUCAUCGACGACACCGACUCUGAUCGUCCCCACUGAGAAACUAGAGAAGUAAAGAGAAAUGGAAUGAUACUGUUUUGUAUUGUAUUAUCAUCCUGUUUCUGUUCAUAUCAAAUCUCAAUUUACUGGAA